AUGGCAAUUGUAUCCUUGACGCUAUCGGGCAUCAUUGCUCUAGUCGGCUAUCUCAUAUACCAACAGUCGAACCAAAGGGGUCAGCGUAAAUUGCCUCCCGGCCCUAGACCUCUUCCAAUACUAGGAAACAUCAAGGACUUCCCCCCCGAUGGUACGCCCGAAUACCGACAUUGGAUAAAGCACAAGGACCUUUAUGGUGGCGUUAGCUCCGUGACGGUUAUGGGAAUGACGCUCGUGCUAGUCCAUGACAAGAGGGCGGCGCAUGAAUUGCUAGAGCAGGCUGCGAGCAAGACUUCGGGACGGCCCACAAUGGUCAUGGCGAACAAGCUGUGCGGCUAUGAAUCCAUCGUCCUUUGCCAGGGUUACAAUUCCACCUUUCGCCGCUAUCGCAAGUACCUCCAUCAAGAGCUUGGCACCAAGGUCUCUGCAGCGCAAUUCCGCGAUGUCCAGGAGUUUGAAGUGAAACGCCAGCUUGUGCGGACGCUGAACGAGCCUGAAAAAUGGCUGGACCACUGCAAGAAGACCACCGCCGCUACCGUCUUGAAAAUGGCCUACGGCUACACCAUCGAGCCCCAUAAACCUGACAUCUUGGUUGACUUGAUCGAGAAGAUGAUGACCGAGUUCUCACUCGCUGCUGUUCCCAUGGCUUGGGCCGUCGACGUUAUCCCCGCCCUCCAAUAUCUCCCUGAAAACUUCCCCGGUGCGACAUUCAAGAAGACGGCUCGGAAGUGGCGCAAGUCCAUUCAGGGGUCAGCAUAUAUUCCAUACCGGUUUGUCCAGCGCCAGAUGGCUGCCCUCACCCACCGGCAGUCGUACGUAUCGGAGCUCGUCCGACAACUCAAAGAAGAGGAGAACGCCGAGCUAAGCAGCGAAGAUGAGGACGCUGUUGUUUGGACAGCGGCAAGCCUUUACGGUGCUGCCGCGGACACUACAGCGAUCACUCUCACCACCUUCACCUUAGCCAUGGUCAAGUUCGAACAUGUGCAGCGUAAGGCUCAAGAGGAGAUUGAUCGAGUUGUUGGCACAGACCGUCUGCCCACCUUUGAGGACCGCGAGAAGCUGCCAUACGUCAAUGCCUUGGUCAAGGAAGCCACGAGAUGGUGGCCCAUCGCACCAAUGGGCUUCCCUCACACGGCUACCGAGGACAUUGUAUUCAACGGCCUACGCAUUCCCAAGGGCGCAUACCUCCUACCUGCCGUCUGGUGGUUUCUGCACGAUCCUGAGGUAUAUGCCAAUCCAGAGUCGUUCGAUCCCGAUCGCUUCCUUCCGCCGCGCAACGAGCCCGAUCCCACGACGGAGGCUUUCGGCUACGGGCGCAGAAAAUGCCCUGGACGGUUCUUUGCGGACUCGAGCCUCUACCUCAACAUCGUACAAUCGCUGGCCGCUUUCGAUAUCAGCAAGGCCGUGGGCAAGGAUGGAAAGGAAAUCGAGGUGGAUGUCAAGCCGAAACCAGGCCUCCUGACCUACCCGACUGAGUUCGAGUUCCAAAUCAAACCGCGAAGUGGGAAGCACACGGAGUUGAUCAGAGAGCUUGAGCGGCAGCAUCCCUGGGAGGCAAGCGACGCUGAGCAUCUUGAAAGCAUAGAAGAUUUCGAGGUCAUGUACUAG